UUUCAGAGACCUUUAUUAGGAAUUUGCUACAGGCUGGGUCCGAACUCCAAAUUAGCCUCCCAGCGAGUCAGUUCCUGGGGGAAUCCAGCGCCAGUGGCCUCCCAGCGCGGCGGGGGAUCGCUGCGGUCGGCGCGGUCAGCUUGGCCACGGAGCGCACACCCGAGCUGCGGGCCGUGCGGACCCUUGGCGGGGCGGCUCCGCGGCCCCGGGCCUGAGCGCGCGGCGAGGCGCGGGGCGGGGCCGGCGGACGCCAUCGCGUCGCUACGGGCCGGCGGCAGCGGCGGCCUGGUCAGGACGGCCGCGGCGUCCUCGCCGCUCUUCGCUCGCCCACGGCAGCCGGGCCCUCGCCCAGUCCCCCGCCUGGUCCCCCACGGCGGCGCGUGCGGCCAGGUUGGGCGGGGCGGUUCCGGGGAUGAGGAGGCGGCGGCGCGCCGAGACGAUGCUCCGGAGCUGAAGAGACGCCGGCACACGGCGCGGCGGCCGAGCGCAGCGCCGACCCGCGGGAUGGCUCAGCCGGCGGGCCCGGCGGGCGGCGGGGAGCCCCGGGCGGAGCCGGCGGGCGGCGAGGGGCCUCCGGACUCCGGGGCGGCUGGCGGCCCGCCGGACGCGCUGAGCCUGGAGGAGAUCCUGCGGCUCUACAACCAGCCCAUCAACGAGGAGCAGGCGUGGGCCGUGUGCUACCAGUGCUGCGGCUCCCUGCGCGCCGCGGACGCCGGCCGCCGCCAGCCCCGUCGCCGCGUGCGCUCAGCCGCGCAGAUCCGCGUCUGGAGGGACGGCACCGUCACCCUGGCGCCCGACGACGCGGGAGAGCCGCCCCCCGCCACGGGUAAAUUGGGAUAUUCACAUUGUACUGAAACAGAGGUUAUUGAAUCUCUGGGAAUUGUUAUUUAUAAAGCACUGGACUAUGGUUUGAAGGAGAAUGAAGAAAGGGAGUUAAGCCCCCCUCUGGAGCAGCUCAUUGAUCACAUGGCCAAUACAGUGGAAGCUGAUGGCAGCAACGAUGAAGGCUAUGAGGCUGCAGAUGAAGGCCUGGAAGAUGAAGAAGAUGAAAAGAGAAAAGUUUCAGCCAUCCGGUCAUAUAGAGAUGUCAUGAAGUUAUGUGCUGCUCAUCUUCCAACUGAAUCAGAGGCACCAAAUCAUUAUCAGGCAGUAUGUCGUGCACUGUUUGCAGAAACAAUGGAACUGCAUACGUUUCUGACUAAAAUUAAGAGUGCAAAGGAGAAUCUUAAGAAGAUUCAAGAAAUGGAAAAAAGUGAUGAAUCCAGCACAGACCUGGAAGAGCUGAAAAACGCUGACUGGGCUCGGUUCUGGGUUCAGGUGAUGAGGGAUUUGCGGAAUGGAGUAAAACUUAAGAAGGUCCAAGAGCGACAGUACAACCCUUUGCCCAUUGAAUAUCAGCUCACCCCUUAUGAGAUGCUAAUGGACGAUAUUCGAUCCAAAAGAUACACUUUGCGAAAAGUGAUGGUCAAUGGUGAUAUUCCCCCUCGGUUAAAAAAAAGUGCUCAUGAAAUCAUCCUGGACUUCAUCAGAUCAAGACCCCCUUUAAAUCCGGUCUCAGCCAGAAAACUGAAACCCACUCCACCACGGCCACGGAGCCUCCAUGAAAGAAUCUUAGAAGAAAUCAAAGCAGAAAGAAAGCUGCGGCCCGUCUCACCAGAGGAGAUAAGACGCAGCAGAUUAGCAAUGCGGCCACUUAGCAUGUCUUACAGUUUUGACUUGUCAGAUGUAACUACCCCUGAAUCUCCAAAGACUGCUGUGGAAUCAUCGAUGGUAAAUGGAGGUUUAACAUCACAAAUGAAAGAAAAUGGGUUGAGUGCGGCACAGCAUGUGCCUUUGCAGCGGAAGAAACUCCUCAAAGCCCCAACCCUGGCUGAGCUGGACAGCUCUGACUCUGAGGAGGAAACUCUACACAAGUCAACCAGCAGCAGCAGUGUGUCUCCCUCCUUCCUUGAAGAUCCCUUAGUAGAGGCUGUGUCCACGAGGAAGAAGCCUCCAAAAUUCUUGCCCAUAUCAUCAACACCCCAGCCAGAGAGACGGCAGCCACCCCAGAGACGACAUUCUAUUGAAAAGGAAACACCCACUAAUGUAAGACAGUUUCUGCCACCGUCCAAGCAGAGCUCCCGAUCUCUUGUUCCUAGGAUAACCAGUGUUUGGCCAAGGACGCCUUGCCGACCACUUUUUUCUACCAUACAAACAGCUUCUCUGCUCAGCUCUCAUCCUUUUGAAGCAGCCAUGUUUGGGGUAGCAGGGGCUAUGUAUUAUCUAUGUGAGAGAGCUUUUACCAGCAGGUGGAAAUCCUCAAAGGAGGAAUUCUGCUAUCCAGUGGAAUGCCUAGCUCUCACUGUGGAGGAAGUAAUGCAUAUUCGUCAGGUCCUGGUGAAGGCAGAGCUGGAAAAGUACCAACAGUAUAAAGAUGUCUACACUGCCCUGAAAAAAGGAAAGCUCUGCUUCUGUUGCCGAACCAGGAGAUUUUCCUUCUUCACCUGGUCUUAUACCUGUCAGUUCUGUAAGAGGCCGGUGUGUUCCCAGUGUUGCAAAAAGAUGCGGCUGCCCUCCAAACCAUACUCCACUCUUCCCAUCUUUUCAUUGGGACCUUCUGCCUUGCAAAGAGGGGAAAGUUGCAUGAAGCCAGAAAAGCCCACCCCUGGCCACCAUCGGCCACUCCGGAGCAUUGCCAGGUUCUCCUCAAAAUCUAAGUCUGUGGACAAAUCCGAUGAAGAGCUACAGUUUCCCAAAGAGCUGAUGGAGGACUGGAGUACUAUGGAGGUGUGUGUAGACUGCAAAAAGUUUAUUUCGGAAAUCAUCAGUUCCAGCCGGCGCAGCCUGGUGUUGGCCAACAAAAGAGCCCGAUUAAAAAGGAAAACACAGUCUUUCUACAUGUCCUCACCGGGCACUUCGGAGUACUGCCCUUCAGAGAGGACUAUCAAUGAAAUCUGAGCCUGUGCCUUUCAGUUGCUUUGUGUUCCGAGUUGGUACCAGUGCAGGAGAACACUGAGCUAGACUGUCUCUCCUUGCCAUGGUCUUAGUUCAUAGGCUUGAAUUUGCAUUAGAUCAGAUUUUUGCUGCCUCACGUUGUUCCACAGACUGAAUGCUGUGUUCCUAUCGAUUGACGAUACGUGACAGGUCAGCCAAUCGCUCGUUUGCACCGAGAGAGAACAAUAGCUUGAAACUUGCUUCCAUGUGUGUGCGCGCGGAUCUGGAGGCCAGAGACUUUUUCCUUAGUUCAGUUACUUACUGUUCCUCAGAUCAUUUCCCGACUAAGGCAAAAAGCUUCUCCUAGGAGAAAUCAGCCUCACAAAGGUGUCGAUGUUCGCACAGUUCUAUGCAGUAAGUCAUAUUGGCACUUCCGCCCGACAGCGUUCCUGCCUAACGCACACAGUGGCCAGGCCCUGCCUCAUACUGGGUACCUGGAGUCGCCGGGCUAGGCUGUGUAUCAUCUCACGGCACAAAAUCUGGAAGGAUUUGCUCCUGCUAUCAAACUGAUUUUAAAUUAUUGUUGCUCUGAGCUAAAGACUACAGGAGGGACUUCAUGCCUGCAUUCUAGUGCAAAACAUCUGGAUAAGCUGUACACCCCAGUGGGGAACCAUUUCCUCUGAGCUGCUGUGUUCACCCCAGUGCAACGGAUGGGUGUUCCCUGAGUGGGUGACAGGUUUUCGUUCCCUAUCUUGAAUGGAUUAUGGUUCCUUGUAGUUUUGUAACAGAGGUCUAAGAAUUAAAGUUCUGUGGGAGUUUCAGGACAAAGGAAGGUUAGAAGUUUAUCGAGAAGUUGCGUGUAUUUUGGUUAACUCUGAGAAGGAUCGUGACAGCAUAGGGUGCCAGCCGUUGCCACACUGCAGGGAACGAGCUGGAGCUCAUCCGUUUUCAGCUACAUUUUUCAUAACUUUAUAGUCUUAGCCAUCACAACUAAAUUAAGUCACAAUUUGGUACCUAAGGUCUCCAACUGAAAUUUAUUUAUUUUUAUAAAUGAAUUUUAAGGGAAAAAAUUGUCUAGUUCUUUUAAAAUUACAAGAAAAUUAACCUGCUGAUAGACUUUUUGGAUGCUUUUUUGCACAAGUUUUCCUUGUAAACGACUGGAGGGAGUAAGGCGGGUUUUGAUGGAGGUAGGUUGGAGGGUAGCACUCACUGUACACAUGAACCAUCUCAGCUUGUUUGUCUCAUGCUAGGAGCUGUACUUUAUUAUUUUAGUAAGCUUAGAAACUACCAACCAGUCAAAUUGCCAUUGGCAUUUGGGAAAUCAAUUAAUGCACAUGCACAAGAAUUCCCUAAAAGCUAUAGGACCCAUCUGUAGUCAGCACUGCAACAGCACCAUUGAAUAAAAGGCAUGGCAGUCACAUUUCACUCCACAUCAAAGUAUAGUAACAUUUCUACAUUAGAUUAACAGUAAUACCUCAAAACUGCUCUGGUAGUAGUUUUUAAUGGGUUGAAAUUUACAAUUUAGUAAAUGGCUUAAAAUUACUUAUACUUAUGAAAUAAACUUUACCAAUUGACUAAAAUAAUGCAUGUUAACAGUUCGUCUGUAUUUGCAUGUCAAAAUGGGCCACCAGAGAACCCUUCUUGAAUUUGCACAUGUUUAAAUUAUUUUAAAGACUCUUGUAUACAAGAUUUAAACAGUAUAUGGGGUGAAUCUCAUUUAUAAAAUUUUCCGAGGGACUUUUUGGACUCUGUACCCCAGAUGCUUUGGUGGAAGCCACACACCCUUUGAGGGCCCCAGGUUUAGGCCUCGAAAUGACUACCGGGAAAGGGAAUGGUGUUUGUGUAGAUAUAUAGACAUGACCCAUGACAGAAGGCUUUUUAAAAUAACGACUAGUGUACCGCUGUUACAAAACAUAAGAAACUAAGCUCCUAAAAUGAGAGUUUCAUUCACAUUUAUAAGACAGAUACCUAGCUCAUCUCAGUCUUUGGCUUCAGUCCUUCAGGUUUCUGAUGCUGUCUAGGCUGAUUAGGGCAUUUUGAUCACUCUUACCAGAGCAUUAGACUGUGAAUCCUUGAGCAGCAUUAACGAGGUUUGUCAAGUGGGUGGUAAGGUCUAUGUGAGAUAGUCCACAGUGUGAGAAGAAGACACGUGACACACUUCAAAGCAUAGAAAUCGAAUUAGCCUCACUUUUUAUUGCCAAAACAAUUUCUUACAGUUUCUCCCAUAGCCAUGACAUGUGCCCAACACCUCAACUACGUUAGGUAAUUCCCAGAGAGUAAUCCACUAGCAGCUUUUGGAGCAUGGUUUUACCCUUGUUAACCUUUGUCUCUGACCUUAGGCCUGUCUUCCUCUUCUUAACUAGUAAAAUAACAUACCUUCGCAGUAUUCCUUUUUUUUUUUUUUUUUUUUUUCCUGGUUUCUGACUAUUCAGCAUUUACACCUGAUCCAACAACAACACAUUGGCUAGCUGGUCAGAAGGAGACGUGUCUGAGAGCUCGCAUGCACACCUGAGCAGCCCUUGGCAUGCCUUCCAGCACUUGCUCCUUUCCUCCCAGACUUCACGAGCUUGCCCCACUGGGAGAUCAUUCCUUCCCCACGGCUUAACUUUCUACCAGUGUCAGAGUAGAUAAGAAUGCUUGUAAAUACUGUAAUAUAUUUAUUAAUAUUUGAAAGGCAUUCAUUCAGUGGACAAUGGGAAUUAACUCUCCCAGGACAAGUGAAAAUGAAAUAAUUGAUAUGUACGUUGACUUAACAGUCUUACUAGAUUUCAAGUCUUAAGCCUUUCAGAUUAAACCAGAAGGUUGUUAAGUAGGAGUUUUUAAAAUGAUCUUACAUUUGAAGAGAUGAUGUGAUUAGCACCGUGAACUCGUACCAUGAAUUUUUUAAGGCUUUUAUUUUUCUAACUGUAUUAAUAAAUAUAGCAUUGGAUUUUAGGGGUCACAUAGGAGACAUGAAAGUUUUCAAAUUAUGUUGCUAUUUGCUAAAGCAAAAUGGCAGAAAAUUUUGUUCAUGCCAGACUGUUGGAAGAGCCAUGGAGAAAUGUGUACACUGACUGGACUUUGACCUGGCUUCCUGUGUGUGUGAGACUCAAGGUAUUGCUGGCAUUCGGGGUGACAUGACGGUACUAAACGUUUUCCAUUCAAGUCUUUUAUUUUAAAAUUUAGGGAAAAAUAAAAUGGCUUUCCAUCAUAACUUCCGUGUUGAGUUCCUAUUGUAAAAUGGUGAUGUCUUUUUGAGAACUAGCGGUCAGAAACCAUCUAGGUUAGGAAGGCAAGAUACUUGCAUCUCAGAAGUUACGAUCGGGUUAAGAUUGACAAUCUGACAAGGACCACAAUAGAAAAUUUUUUAGAAGGAGCGCCGGGGUGGUUCAGUCA